AUGCUCAAUGACGUCCAGAACGCAUCGGGAUCUAGUUUAGUAUCGGGCGCAACAGGAAAUAUGCUACUGGAGCGCACUACUCGGCGACUCGAGGAAAUCAACAAUGAGCUUCAAGGCUUCGUCGAACAUUGUGGGAGAGGGUCGACAGACAACAGCACCAGGGCAAAGAAGCGGAAGUGGAUAAUGCAAAGCGACAAGUUGCAGAAGCUACGCGAAAAGACCAUGGACGCCAAAAUGAACCUUCAUUUCGCCUUUACUUCUCAAACUGGGGGCCUUUUCUGUGAACAAGUCAGCGCACUUCAACAUCAAUUCGAGAUGUUCACGAUACACAUGUCAAAUCGCAGACCGCCAGAGGCCUCCCUGCUCAUUGAUUCCAGUGAUCUUUCAGAGGAUGAGCAGAUGAAAGGGCCUGAGUCUGAGGCUGCAGAGCCAGCCUCAUCCCUGAACAAUUCAACUCAAGCUCAGCUUACUUGUCGCAAUGAGAGCAGAUCAUCAACAUACGUCACACCCAGUCAACUACAGCAAAUCACACCUAUGAGAAGAACCAAAUGUUCUCAUCUCUGCCGCUGCCGCUGCCACUCCAGCCAGAACAAGAGCCGAAGAGCAAACUGGGCAAUCCCUUUCCUCGGAUCAUUGCUCGUUGAUUACAGGUCUGCCCCUGGAGCUCAGAAAGCAGUUUGCAAUGAUAAACACUGCAGUGCAACCACCGAUACUAUUUUCGAGUUGAAGUACUACUCACCGGCAUGGCUAUGGGAAGGUAUGGUGUCAUCAAUUAACACGGAGUCUGGCCAGUUUUUUAUCUUUAUGGAUUUCCUCGGCCCUUUAGAGGUUCUUCUACAUCUGUGGAAGCAACUCUUACCAGAGCAUGACUUUCCGCGGAGUAUAGUAUGGCUCGUCGAGAGGACACUGUCAACCCGUCGAGGUUUGUCAGACGAGCUUAGAUUUUUGCUGAAUCUGAUCUCGUCUUCUGCGGAUGAAAUUUGGUGCGAAACACAUGUUUGCCAAGCCAUCCAGCAACAGCUCGACAUAUCCCUCAUACGCCAAGCGCUUCAAGACGAGCCCUGGACUGUCAAUGAAUGCAACGCCCUUGGAGACACACCUCUCCACCUUGCCCUAUUUCAGCUCGAAGAUGCGACGGAGGUUGCUGAGCUCCUAAUUGCCAUGGGCGCCGAUGUUAACCGCCGGAAUCACCAGGGUCAAACGCCGCUCAUGGCAGCUGCACAAAGGGGCCAAUUGGAGUGCAUCCGCAUCCUAUCUCGAUCCAAAGGGGCAUUGGAAGAAAAAGACAGGAAGGGGUAUACGGCACUGCAUUGGGCUAUCAUCUGUAAUCAAUUUGAGGCAGUCCAGCUGCUGCUUGAAUCAGGCUCCCAGGCGGCAGCUCGCAACCUCCAUGGGGACACACCACUACAUUUUCUCAAUGCGAACCACAUUCAAGAUGAAUCAGUCAUACAAAAGAUUCUACAACUUCUUCUCAAGCACCAGGGCGCCGACAUUGAAGCGCGAAAUCACAUUGGGCAAUCCCCGGUAGUGCUGGCAGCGGUCGACAAUAGACCCUCUGCUGUCCGCUUGCUUGUAAAUGAAGGGGCUUCGUUGCACGGCAUUAACAAUGGAGGCUUUACUCUUCUUCACUAUGCUGCGUUAUUGUUCAACCUACAAAUCUUACAGUACCUUGAUAGUUUGAACCUAUCGGGGAUCGACCUCAAUCAUCUCGACAAUUCUGGGCGUACCCCAUGGGACGCCUUUCAGCUCGCCGUUUUUGUACCUCUACGGAACCUCAUCUAUUGGCGACGACCCUCUUUUAGCGAGCAGCGAGCAUUUGUGAGCCUAUACGAAGGCAUUCGCAACCGGACGGCCGAGCAAGACAUUAACCACCUCGAUAAAGUCCUGCACGCAUUAUCAUACCAAGAAACCACUACUGCAUUCUCCCUGCUACAAACUAUAAUCGAGGAGAAGCAAAAAUGGUCAAGUGGUCUCGACAAAUGGUAUCGAAUUCUUGCUAGGCAGGUACAGGAAGGGGAAUUGGAUGCUGUCGUCGAGAGCAUCGUGGAUUAUAUUGCGGAGUUGCGGGAACUGAUACAAAGCUCGGCCUGGAACCUGCCUUCCAUAUACACGCCUCGACGAGAGACUAGAGAGGACCAAGAUCUUGAGACAGACUAUGAAAGUUCUGGGGAGGAUGUGUAUUCUGACGACGACAGUGAUGAGGAAGAAUACGAGAGUUCAGAGGCUGAGGUUGGCCCCGGUGGUGAGAGCGACGAAGAUCAAAAUCACCGGCCUUGA